AUGUUCUCGCAAAACAACAAGGACAAUUUUGAAGAUUCAGUUUCCAGCUAUGGAAAGAAAUCUACCACUACUGUACCAUCUGGUUCUGGAUCAGUAUCAACCACAGUUGGAGGCUCUGGAUCUGGAUCUACCAGUGAUCGAGGAUCUGGUGGAUCUACAUCGCCAGGUUCUGGAGGUGAAACCACACAAUCUGACGGCACACAAGGAUCCACCACAGGCGGUCCUGGAACUGGAGGAUCAACCACAGACGGAGGAGGAUCUGAUUCCGAUUCAACCGCAUACACUGGACUAAGUACAACCACUCAAGGAUCUACAAAAACGACAAGAAAACGAGGAUCACUUCCAACACUGACACCGAUUUCGGCGGCUGAUCAAGCAGUGAUUGACGCUCAGAAAGCAGAUGUUAUGAUCCAAUUGGCUGGAAUCAUGGCUGGAGCAUCAUCAGGAAGCUCCUUGAACUCCAGCAGCUCACUUCUGAAUCAAAUCUCAAGUCUACCAGCGUCAGAUCUAGUGGAAGUUGCUCAAAGUCUUUUGUCCAAUACUCUGAAAAUCCCGGGUGUUGGAAACAUGACCAGUGUGGAAGUUCUUCAAACGUUGCAAAACAACAUUGCCACCACAAACUCUGAAUUGGCAGCAGAAAUGAAUAAAGUGAUCACCCAGUUGGCUAAUGUGAAUAUGACAUCCCCUCAAUCCAUGAAUUCGGUGUUGUCUUCUUUGGAUUUGGCACUGAAAGGAAGUACAGUAUACACGUUGGGAGCGUCGAGUACAAAGUCGACAGAUGGAACGUAUGCUGUGAUUUUUGGAUAUGUUUUGGCAUCUGGUUACACUCUGGUGUCGCCGAGGUGUACUCUGAGCAUUUAUGGAACCACAGUUUACCUAACUGGAGACACACGUGCAUCCUACAAACAACAAGAUGGAGAUACUGUCACAGCAACGUCUCUCCUUGCUUCAGCUCUAGGAAUUGAAGGAUCGUAUGCCACGAAUGGAAGAACUGUUUCUGUGGAUCAGGACAAAAUCGAGCAGAAGAGAUCACUGGUCUCUGGAAACAUUAUGGCCACUGUGAAUGGAAUUGGAGACGUUCAAUCUGGAGUGUACACUUAUAACGAAAUGUAUGUGACUGCGUGGAAUGUGACUUAUGACAAUACGACUACUGGAUCUACACCCCAGAAGAAUACCUCCAUGUCUUUCUACAUUCCAGUUUCUGAUGCUCAAUUGACUCUUUUGAUUGAAUCCGGAACUAUGAUGAAACUUCAGUCUACUCAGAAGGUGGCGGCGAAAGGAUUGACUGUAACUACGACGUACGGAGGAGUGACUUAUACAGUAACCUGUGGAAAUGGAACUGCAAAUUUUGUUGAAGUGGAUACAGCGGAUGCCAUAUUCUCGUACAACGCUCCAAGUUUUGAAGUGGUUGCUGCAGAUGGAUCAUCAACAGCGAGCAUCCAGAAAAUGAUUCAAAUGCCGAUUGUAGUGGAAAAUGUGAACUUGAAUAUCUUCAACAAAACCUCCUCUCCACUUGUCUUCUCAGCCGCCGGACCCUACACCAUGCGCCUCGUCUUCUCACCACAAGACAUUGAUCUUCCAGCUGUCUCUGCUCUCUCCCAAACCGUUUCUAUUUCCACCUUAUCACCAACUACCACCUACAGUAAGACUGACCUGCAAACUGCGAUCUCUUCUCAAUCGAUGAUUUCGGUUUCGGGAACGCUCUUCUUCGCCAAAGCCUCGUCCAUCGAUGUCACUGGAUACACAUUUUAUGCUGAUUCCACUGCGAUUUAUCUUCAAAACUCGGUGUCGACUGUUGUGAUCAGUUCUCCAACUUACAACGUUGUUUCGUUGGCGUUGGGAGGUUACGGUAUCCAAAUCACAGCUGGAACCUAUACAUCUGGAUCGCAGAGUCAUACAGUAACUAUGAUGGAAUUCUCAGACACCCAAAAAAUGCGGAUCGAUGGUGGACUGAUCAUCAGAAACGGAACAAAUGGAUAUGUCAUCCAGAAUGGACAGAUCACAACAGAAGGAGAUGUUUCUGGAACUCAAAUCGACAUUGUCCCUCAGAGUUUGAUGAACCAAGAAUCUCAGGAGCAGAUUGCUCAGAUUCUUAGUAACACUCAGGAUUAUCUUGAGAACAAUGGAAUGACAAUGACAGAGGCUGAGAUUAAUGAUACAUCCAACUCCCUUCUUUCUAUUGCCAGCUCUCUCACAUCGGCUCUAAAAGUUGCUCUUGACAAUCCACUAUCUUCUGAUUUUGCUGCCAAUCUCAAAUACGCUACUGACAACUAUGAUGACCUGUAUAAUGUGCUCCCUAGUGAUCCGGAUAAUAUUGUGUAUGUGGAAGAGAUGACGCAAGAAGAAUGGGCGGCCUAUGUGACAAAGAUGAUUCAGAAGAAUAUUGCAAAGAACCUGGCUACACAGUUGGCAUCCACUCUUGACACCCUGGAAAAUACCUUGGCAGCUAGAGCGAUCGCUGAAGGAAAUUUGCCCUAUGAUUAUUCGAACUACGUGGACGGUACUGGAAUGGUUAUUGUGAUUGAUGAUGCUUCGAAUAUUGUGGGAAAGACGCAAACUUGUUCUGAAUGGGCUAUGACACUUCCGUCACCGGCUUCCUCGUUGAACAAUGCGGAGAUUCAGGACUCGACGUUGAUUCAGGUUGGAAUGGUUUGCUAUAACACGAAUCCAAGGACAUAUGUGGAUAAUUUUGAUAUGUUGGUGACAUCUGGAGCAUUGGAAGCGCAUAUCAAGGAUGAGUACCAGAAUCAGUUGAAAAUCAUCAACUCCACCUCUCCAAUUCUUGUCAACGGACGUGGAAGUUCUGACGACGCCGUUCUAACUUUGAUGCAACAAGGAGACUUUGUCAGCUACCAAAUCCUCGACCUCCACGCUUUCCAAACCACCAACUGGAACAAUUCCCUUCAACUCGAACUCAUUGCCUCUCAAGAUUAUGUGAUCCCCAAUAAUGAUGAUACCUACCUGUUUUCUGCUUUCCAACAUCUACCUGGACCAAUGUAUACGAACUAUGAAUGGAUGUUUGAACUGAACUCUCUGAAUACAACCAGCAACUAUUUUAUAACCGCUGGGAAUUUGAUAAAUCAAACUGGAUUGUUCUAUGUGGGAAUUGGAAAACGAAAUGAGACAACUAGAACCAAUGAGAAUAGCACGGAUAUUGUAAACUAUGGAAUGUUCGAUAAUAAGCAAUGGUCGUUUGCCAGAGAGGUUCCAAUGGAUUAUCAAAUCACUGCAAUCAGCAAAGGAUGCUAUUUCUAUCUCAAUGAAACUGAUUUGUUCAAUUCUGCUGGAAUGUGGCCGUUGGAUGGAAAAGGAAUGCAAUUUGUGAACUGCUCCACAGACCACUUGACAUUAUUCUCUGUGGGAUCCUUCAACCCAACCAUCGAUGCAGAUUUCCACUACAAAUACGUUGUUAAUGAGAUUGAGAAGAACGUCAAAGUCAUGAUCACCGCGAUUUUCCUAUUCAUUGUUUACGGAUGCCUCACGCUCAAUUCAAUCAUCUCUGGAAGGAAAGAUGCGUCAAAAGGAAGACUCCGAUUCCUAUCCGACAAUGAGCCACAUGAUGGAUACAUGUAUGUGAUUGCCGUGGAGACUGGAUACAGGAUGUUUGCGUCGACGGAUAGUACGAUUUGCUUCAAUUUGUCUGGAAAUGAGGGAGAUCAAAUUUUCCGAUCGUUCAAAUCGGUGGAAGAUGGCGAUUGGGAGUAUCCCUUCUCAUGGGGAACUACUGAUCGAUUUGUAAUGACUACUGCCUUCCCCCUUGGAUCCCUGGAAUACAUGAGAAUCUGGAUUGACGACGCCGGACUUGACCAUCGAGAGUCGUGGUACUGUAACAGGAUCAUUGUCAAAGACCUCCAAACCCAAGAGAUCUAUCAUUUCCCAUUCAAUAAUUGGCUCGGAACUAAAAACGGAGAUGGAGAAACUGAACGAUUGGCCAGAGUGGAUAACAAGAGACGAUUUUUGGAUGAAUCAAUGAGCAUGCACAUGUUGGCUCAGACCAUUUCUUGGUUUGCAAUGUUCACAGGAGGAGGAAAUCGGUUGAGAGAUCGGGUGACAAGACAAGAUUAUUCCAUCAGUAUCAUUUUCUCGAUUGUGAUGAUUUGUAUUUUGAGUAUUGUGAUUCUCCGGAACGACGACUCAAUUAUCAGCGACUCUAAGAGCAUCUCAGAAUUCACCUUCACCGUAAAAGAUAUCAUUUUUGGAAUUGUUUUCGCUCUUCUCAUUACCAUCAUCAACACUUUCCAUAUCCUUAUUUGCGUCAAAUCUCGCUCCUACAGUGAACAUUAUUAUCUCAAGAAACGGAAACACGAGGAACCAACAUUCAAAGAUUCUUCGGGCUCCUGGAGUGUUUUCGUUGCUGGAAUAGCUCGUGCGCUUCUCGCUUUCCCGAUCCUCAUGGGGUUACUGUAUGUGGCUGGAGACGGAAUGAGUUUGAUGGAUGACUUUGCCAACGCGUUCUACAUUCGAUUCUUGAUUAGUUUGGUGGUCUGGGCGGUGGUUUUCGAACCAAUCAAGGGGAUGAUCUGGGCGUUCUUCAUUUUGAAAACCAGCAAGAGUCAUAAGAUAACCAACAGGUUGGAAGAGGAGUUUUUGAAAGUGAAGCCAGCAGAAACUUUCCAAAGAAACCCAUACGGAAAAAUUGAAAAAGAGCUUGGAACUGUGAUAGCUGAUGUGACCAAACUUCGGGAUACAGAGAAUCGAAAAAUGAGAGAUGAGCAAUUGUUUAUCACGAUUCGCGAUAUGCUAUGCUUCUUCGCUUCGCUGUACAUCAUGGUUAUGCUCACGUUUUAUUGCAAGGAUCGUCAUGGGUACUACUAUCAGUUGGAGAUGAGCACCAUCCUGAACAUCCCUCAAACCAACUACGGAGACAACACCUUCAUGUCGAUCCAAAACGCCGACGACUUCUGGGAUUGGGCUCGUGAUUCUCUGGCCACUGCUCUUCUCGCCUCCUGGUACGACGGAAAUCCUGCGUAUGGAAUGAGAGCUUACCUGAACGAUAAGGUAUCCAGAAGUAUGGGGAUAGGAACGGUACGACAAGUGAGAACGAAGAAAAGUGCACAAUGUGAAGUGGUGAAACAGUUCAAGGACUACAUCAAUAAUUGUGGAGAGGAGCUGACGGAAGACAACGAAGAAACGACACUGUACAUGCAACCUGGUUGGACCGUACUGGAAACAGAGAAUGGAACAGAUGCAACCGAUGAAUACACUUACAAAACUGCCAAAGAACUUUCGACGAGCUCGGUUUCCGGAUUUCUUGGAAGCUAUGAAGGAGGAGGAUACACAGUGAGCAUGUCUGGAACCCAAGCGGAUAUCAUCGCUCUGUUUAACAAGCUAGACAAAGAAAGAUGGAUCGAUGAUAGUACUCGAGCAGUGAUCAUUGAAUUCUCCGCCUAUAACGCACAGAUCAAUUACUUCUCGGUGGUCCAGCUACUUGUUGAAAUCCCAAAAUCUGAAAUUUAUCUUCCGAACAGUUGGGUCGAGUCCGUGAGGCUUAUCAAAUCGGAAGGAUCAGAUGGAACUGUUGUGAAGUACUAUGAGAUGUUGUAUAUCUUCUUCUCGGUUUUGAUAUUUGCCAAAGAGGUGUUGUGUUACAUCUAUGGAAGAUACAAGGUUAUAACCACAAUGAAGCGAACGUUGAAUCCAUUCAAGAUAGUUUAUAAGUUGGUGUUGGGCGAAUUCUCUCCCUGGAACUUCAUGGAUCUUGUCGUUGGAGCUCUUGCGGUGGCUUCAGUAUUCGCUUACACAAUCCGUCAAAAGUAUACCAAUCAAGCGAUGGAGGACUUCAAUGCCAAAAACGGCAACGCCUACAUCAACCUGACGAUUCAACGAAAUUGGGAGAUCAUAUUUAGCUAUUGUCUUGCUGGAGCAGUAUUUUUCACCUCUUGCAAAAUGAUCAGAAUCCUGAGAUUCAAUCGAAGAAUCGGAGUUUUGGCGGCAACGUUGGACAAUGCUUUGGGAGCGAUUGUAUCCUUUGGAGUCGCAUUUUUGUUCUUCUGCAUGACAUUCAAUGGUGUUCUUUAUGUCGUUCUGGGGAACAAAAUGGGAGGAUUCCGAAGCUUGAUCUCCACAUUCCAAACUUCACUGGCUGGAAUGCUCGGAAAACUUGAUGUGGUUUCUGUUCAACCGAUUUCCAAAUUUGCGUUCGUGGUCACUAUGAUCUAUAUGAUCGUUGGAUCGAAACUAGUGCUUCAACUCUACGUCACCAUUAUCAUGUUCGAAUUCGAGGAGAUUCGUAAUGAUAGUGAGAAGCAGACCAAUGAUUAUGAGAUUUUGGAUCAUAUUAAGUAUAAGGCCAAACGCCGUCUCGGCCUCCUCGAGCCAAAAGACUUUGCUCCAGUGUCCAUUGCUGACACUCAGAAAGACUUCCGUCUAUUCCACAGCGCCGUCGCCAAAGUCAAUCUCCUUCAUCAUCGAGCCAAUCGAAUGCUCCAAACCCAAGGUCAAUAUCAGAACCAGACCAUUAUCAACUACACAUUAAAGUAUGAUCCACUGGCGGCAAUCGAGAAGGAUGGACCGAAACGAUUCCAAAAAUGGCGGUUGAACGAUAUGGAGAAGUUCUAA